AUGCCGUCAUUAAUCCCUAUAACUUUAAGCUCAAGGACUACUAUACCAUUGAGCGGCGCCCUCAGCACAAUACAAAAUGGGAUAGGUCAAUAUCAAAGCAUCGGAACUGGAUUUUAUAACAGUUACAAUCAACAACAACAACCUAUUGGCACAGGUAAUUUUGGAAUUGAUAUGAAAAAUAGAGUGGUUUUAUCAUUACAAAGUGGUAUACAAGACGAAGUAAAUUGGUCAUUAAACCAGUUGGCAAAAUACACAUAUUCCACAUUGGUUUUUGAAAAUGAUAAUUACAUCGCCAUGGAAUUGGUAAAAUAUUUAACUAAAUUAUUUCAACUAAUAAGGGAUAAAAAAUAUGAAUUAAUAAAUGAAGAUGUUAUCAGACAUUCUUUGGAUGCGUUGGUUACUUUGAGAAAUUCAAGUCAGGAGUUAAGUAAUCAGCAAUUUUUAAGUCAAAUACCAAAUUUUAAAAAGCAGCUAGUGGAAAUUUUAAAGUUUUUAUUCAAUUGGAAUUUUGUAGCAGGUUUCAAAAAUUCUCAACUAUUAAAAUAUGAUGAUCAAUUUUCAGAAUCCUUGAUGUAUUUACUUGAUUUGAUUGAACCUUUGAGUUGUUAUUAUAUUAAUAAUUCCAAAAACGAUCCUUUAUUUCAUACAUUAUUCCAGAUUUUAACAGUUACGAAUGAUAAAUAUAUUUUUAUAACUACAUUAAAAGGUAUAUCACAUUUAUUAAUUACAUGGGAUAAAUCACAACAAAAAGAUGAAGAAGAAGAAGAGCCACAAGAAGAAGAAGAGCAAGUGAAAAAUAAUUGUAUUGAUUCCAUAACUGAAGAACAAUUACAAACAAUAGUCAAUGUUUUAUUGGUUGCAGAUAAUGAAUUAAAUUAUGCUGUGUUGUAUUUUUUAAAAAUGUAUCUUUUUUCAAAGGCAUUAUAUUUGGAUCAUUCAGUAACUGAAUCACAACAAUUUCGUCUACAAAAGUUAAUAAAAAGUGGUUUAGAUGUGCUAGUUAAACAAUUACCGUUGUUGGUGGUUGCUGAUUUACCAUUAAGUGAUUCAACUCCCAAAAACAUACCAGCGACUACACUCGCUAGAAGGACCAAACAAUCAGGUGCUCCAUUAACUGCACCAGAAUUAGGAGAAGAUUUAUACAAAAUAUUAUUGACAUUCCCCGAACCUGCUAGAGCUUCCACUUGGUUACAUUGUUGUUAUGCACCAUCAACAACAGAAGAAGUUGAAGUUACUCAAAUAUCAAUUUGGAAAGCUUAUGAAACUCAAUUUCAAGAAGUUUGGAAAUCUGAAAACCCUUCAACUUUAUUGCACCCAUUAUUACCAGCUGUUGAAUUUAUAAAAAAUGUUACGAAAGCGUUCCCACGUGCGGAAGCUAAAGUUUUACUGGUUUCAAAUGAGGAACAAGAACCAAAGAAAAAAUUCAUUAUAAAAGGUAUCAAACCAAGACAAUUUCCUGUAAGUAUUGAAGUCGGUGGAUAUGAAGCCUUAAAACCUUUCAAAGUUACUGAAGAACCUACAAGUAAUAGUGAUUUACCUAUUGGUCAUGUUGAUAUAAAUUCUUUUACACAAAGUUUGGCGUCUGAUUAUAUAAAUCCUGAUCAAGUUGUAUUGCUAAAGACAUAUAAAUUAAAUCCUAUAAAUACUUUAAGUCAUAAAUUUCUAGGGUAUAUUGUUUCAGAAAUUUUGAAUAAAGAAAAGCCAGAUUCUGACCAUUAUGCUUCAAAUUUGUUCAGAUUACAUAACAGUUAUUGGCUUCCUGAUUUAAUUUAUACAAAUCCCGGAUUAUUACAAACGGGUAUUAUAGAACCAAAUUGGUUAAAAUAUUGUAUAGAUUAA